AUGCCCUUUUUCUUCAGUGAUGCCCGCAAGCGCCGCCGAUAUGCUGAACCUCCAGCUGCGGUUUUUCCUGUCGCUCCUCCACAUCCCCCGCCCUAUGCUCUGAAUACCUCUCCCGCCAUCUACGGAGAGCCACAACCUCAAUGGGCAUCGCAGCCUGCGACGCAGUUCACGCCAGCCUCGUACUCUUACAUGACCUCUACCAUCUCUCUACCGACGGUUCAGAGCAUCCAGCCAGAAUACCGGACGAUGCCUCUGCAACCUCAGCAUACAUGGUCACAUCCCUCACCACACGAUGUGGACGUUGGCACUCCGGGAGCUCCCAUGCCUGUUGAGUUGCGAGACAGGAUCGACGACACGUUAGGCAAUGUCAUAUCGCUCAUUGAUGAAGAUGCAUUUUCAGGGUCAGAAAAAGAGCUGAUGAUCACCGUGGGAGAGUACCCCUCCACCGAAUUUGCAGAGACACAGGGCACGGAUCGGGAUUUGACGCGGGCCCUUGGAGGCGUGGAGAAGAUGCAACCGAGACAGAGGAAACAAGCGCGACAGAAGCAGACGAACGUCUUCUCGAAACUUGACCUGUACAUGAACUCUCGACUGCCGGUGUCUCUGCAACCAUUUCGAGUCUACAUACCAACAUGGCCGCUCCUGUGUCUCGCGGCACAAUACUCAAACAGCGCAUACGCCUCUCCCCAAUCCUCCUCAGAACGCAAGGACUUUGUUUCGGCAGAUGGCCGCCUAGGCACAAAGGCCAUGGUGAUCAAGUCGAUCCCGUGCGAUGACAAGAAGACCAUCGUCUUCGCCAUCCGUGGCACAAGUUUGUUCAGUGUGCGCGAUUGGGGCGUCAACUUUGAUACGGAACCCGUGUCGCCGGUCGGAUUUCUGGACGACCAGGGCAAUCUCUGCCACUCGGGUUUUCUGCGAGUCGCAAGAGCCAUGGUCAAGCCGAUUGCGGCUCGACUUCGACACUUAUUGGAAGAGAAUCCAUCUCGAUCGAGCUGCUCCCUUCUCAUCACGGGCCACUCUGCCGGCGGAGCCGUAGCGAGCCUGUUAUACGCCCACAUGCUGGCCGAGACCGUUCAAUCUGAACUCAACAUCCUCACGGGCUGUUUUAAGAGAGUCCAUUGUGUCACGUUCGGAGCUCCCCCUGUUACUCUCUUGCCGCUACAAAAGCCCGAAACUGCCGAUGGACGAUUACGCAAAUGCCUGUUUCACUCAUUUCUGAACGAAGGCGACCCCGUUGUACGGGCCGAGAAGGCAUACGUCAAGAGCCUCGUUGACCUCCUUUCGCGACCAAUCCCAUCAUUGCCGUCCGACCAACCCAAGCCGUACUCAGUAUCGACGCUGACGGCGCUCGGGGCGUCUAUGUCGAGACUCGAUCUCUCACUUACACCCGCGCCGAAGAAACCUAAACCCCCGAGAUCCAAACAUCCGUCCAUUCUACUAAGGAGGUUAUGGUGGGACGUCCCUGCUGCGACAUUGUCGAAUGCAGGUCGUCUCGUGGUGCUACGUGUGCCGGACCGCCCUGGUGCGAAGGAGGCGGACGUGACUGCCUCUCUGGUCAAAGAUGAGCAGCUCCGACAAGUCGUCUUUGGCGAUCCCCUCGUCCACUCGAUGGACCUUUACGCAAAGAGGAUCGAGACUCUCGCCGUCCGAGCGGUCACGGGGCGGGGCGGAGCGUGUUGA